AACGUCCUAUACUUCUAGAGGGAUUUAUACACUUGAUCAUUUCUCAUAUACAUCUUCACACUUUGUUUUGCCAAAAGGGAACUAAAAGAAAAGAAACCUCUGACGUCGUUUGUCUGUCUGUAAAUUAAGAGUGGUCCACUACGUCUAUUCGGGCUAUUCCCUCAUAUAUACCACACUUAGAUUUUGAGUUGAUUCUUGGCCUGACCCGACCUCACCGCAUCAUCAUAAAACAGGGUUUCUUUCUUUCUUUUUAGCAAUGGAUUGGAACGCUAAUCUUAGAGUGCCUAAUUUCGUUUCUCGCCCCGACAAUUCGCUUAGCUUUCUCUACAACUAUAAUUAUAACGAUCAGUUUCCAGCAGGUUUAGAGAUAAAGCAGCCAACAAUGCAGAGUUCAACACAACACACGAUGUUGCCAACUUUCAUGGAGAAGAGCAACAGUAGCAUGAAUAUUUACGGGCAGGACCCGAAGAAGAAACGAUUGAGCACCGAGCAGUUGGAGUCACUGGAAAACAGUUUCCAGGAGGAGAUUAAGCUGGACCCUGACCGGAAGAUGAAGCUGGCCAGGGAACUGGGGCUGCAGCCGCGACAGAUAGCGGUCUGGUUCCAGAACCGGAGGGCUCGGUGGAAGGGCAAGCAGCUUGAGCGCUUGUACGAUGCGCUAAAGCAGGAGUUCGAUGCGGUUUCCAGGGAGAAGCACAAACUCCAGCAAGAGGUUCUGGCAUUGAGGGCUAUACUCAAGGAUCAGGUGGCAAAGAAACAAGUCUCAACUGGCUACACAGAAGUAAUCUCCGGUGAAGAAACAGUAGAAAGCACGUCUAUUCCAAGCUCUGACAACACCCCUGCCCCCCCGGAGAACGUCCCUCAUCAUCAAAUCCCAGAAUGCAACUACGUGUUUAACGUCGAAGAUUACAAUCAAGUGAUGAUGACUCCGACUCCAUAUAACUGGCCGCCUUUGCCUUCUUGUCCUUAAUUGAUCUCAAUUUAUUUUGCAGCUGUCUAUAUAUCUUUUCUUUUUCAGACAUAAGAAUAUGAUGUGCUAAUUAUCUUAGUUAUAUUCUAGGCCCUAACAAAUCGAGGUGCUUGUAGGAGAGAACAAGUGCCGAUCACUGGCAGAGUACUGAUCAAUUAAUUUAAUUUUCUAGGUUGAGUUGAUAGAGGAAGACGUACUGUUUCAGACUUUCAUUGACUAAUAUAAAUGUUAUUUUAGCUAGUCAAGAUUUUCCAGUAGAGAGAGAACCUAAAUAAUUUAUGUAUGUUGUUGGUAGUUGGGGUCUUAAUUCUUUCUUUGUGUGAUGCUGUUUACUUUUUUAUUUCUUGAAUUUUAUUUAAAUUUUUUGUGCAUUAUAGAAAUUAAUUAAAUUAUAUUAAUUGUGUACUUUGGAUUGUUUAUUAAACUAGUAAUUAAUAAUGGGUCAGCUCUAUUUUUCCCAGACCUCACCAACAACAAUAUUAGGUCAGAAAUUAGCAAUCAGUUGAAGAAUUAAAACACAAUUAAUAAAUUUGGGUAAAUGACUAGUUAAUUAUUGGCUCAAUAAUGAAGUUGCUUAAUUAAUUAAUUAAUUAAUUAAUAGGUAUGAGCUGUACAUAGACGGAUAAAUACUAUACAUGCUAUUGGUUGAAUCACAUGGCUUGCCAUAAUUAAAUCUAAUCAAAGUAGAAAGGACAAGAAC